ACAAUUUAUUCACCUUAGUCUAAUAUCACGAUGCUUUAAAAUCACAAUGGCCAUGGAUCAUAUCUCUGUGGAUACGAGUCCGUCGCCUAGCAAAGCUCACAAUUUCAGACUUCCAUUCUUUAAAUGCAGUUUACUAGACCCCAAAAGCUUGUACAAUACGGAAUUCCCGCGUAAAUAUCAUUUUUACAACCCAUUUUGUUAUUCUAGCAUUAUAUUAGGACCUCGCAAUUACCUGGUACCCAGCAAGUUGGAUUCCCUCGGGACCGAGGACCCAUGCGCAAAGGAGGAAAGAGAUUCGGACGCAUUUCAGCUCGAAAAUAGAUACAAAGACACAUUUUUUGGCGAUACAUUUCCAAAAUCACGUGACAAUUUGUCUAGAUUCUUUGACGAUGACUACUUUAAGGAUCUGAGAAGAUUCAUCAACGGUUUGGCUCAUCUUCACGACUCAAGUUUCGGAAAUGACGACUAUUUACGCUUUUAUGACCCAUAUAACAACCCAUUCUUUGGGCAAGGAUCGGUAGAUUCGGGCUUGUCAUCGCAGACAAAUUCAGACCCAUCACUAUACAAGCUCGAGGUUCGUUUGCCGAAUGUUAGAAAGGAGAACAUCAAGAUCAAGAUCUCCAACGACACCCUCGAGAUAUCUGCGUCCUCGAGGCACGAAGACGUGCCAGUGAACGACGAGAACAACCACAUGACCAGGAGGCUGGAGAGUAACUUCUAUCAAAGUGUGCGUCUUCCACCAAAUCUCGAUCUUAGAAAGGCCAAGGCGUCGUUUAUAAACGAUUCUAUAGUUGUAAAAAUACCCAAAGUCUAA